AUGGCGUCUUCUGUAUUAAUGAAACGAACGGGGUUGAUUAAGUCAAUCGUCAACAGCUUCGGGGCAUCAAGGGCUUAUGCAUCGGUUGCAGUGGGCACGGAUUUGCUAUCGACUGCACCAGAUGUCUCCCUCCAGAAGGCUCGCUCCUGGGAUGAGGGGGUCUCUUCCAAGUUCGCCACUACUCCUCUCAAGGACAUUUUCAAGGAGAUAAAAAAGUUGUCAUCUUUGGCCUCCCUGGUGCAUACACUGGAGUUUGUUCGGCUCAGCAUGUACCUAGCUACAAGGACAACAUUGAUAAGUUCAAGACAAAAGGAAUUGACUCGGUGA